CCUUUCUCAACUUCACAUCUGAUACCUACUUACCCCUUUACCUUUGUACCAACCACCUGAGCACACUUCUGUCCUCGCUUACCCUUCACUCGUUUGCCUGAUUGGCUCAUUGUACGAGGACACCAUCCCCCAAUCACCCACAUGUCAACCCUUCAUCUUUACCGAUCGCUCCUCCGUGAACUCCGACUAGCCUCUAAGCAGCCAAGGAGAAUACGCAAUCCUGUCGUUCAGCAACAUCUGAGAGAGUUGAUCCAAGAGCAAAGACCAGACAUGGUGGAGAAGAUGUUGUCGGAGACUAGGGACUUUUUGAGAGCUUCGAGGAUACAUGCUGAACUUCUCAAACGGUAUAACCCUCUACAUGACAUGACUGAAGAAGAAAAAAUUCGUGCUACGGCCCGAAGAGUUGGUCUCAACACUCCAAAAGAAUAUAUCGAAGAGUAGUUAGGUACAUUUGCAUCGUAUCCACAUACAUCUCGGACGGAGACUCACUUUUCUCUCACUGAUUGCCACCAUGGCUCUCUAAGAACAUGGCCGGUGGCCGUGGACAAGGGAGAAGACGCCUGAUGAAUGAUUUAUUUAGAAGGCCAAGCCUCAUGGGCUGACCAACGUCAUCAGUUCUGAAUAAGCAAUUCCAAAUCCAUUCGGCCGUGACCUCCCUCAUCGAGACUUCCAGCAUCGCCUCUCUUUCCUUUGUGUUGAUGUGGGUAAUACAAAAUUCGAAGACCAGUAGACACCUCUGACGCCAUUCGAACUUCUAAACUCACGUCAUCGGUGACCGAUCAC